UCUCUGUAUAUAAAACCAAAAAACAGAGACGAGGUUUCGCAAUUUGAUUUCUAGAAGCCUUCAGAAUCAAAUCAAACCAAUCAAUGCCGCAGCUUUCUAGUCUUCCCAUCAUCCCUGAACAACCUGACCCAGAAAUGCAAUCCCAAACUUUACCUUCUUUCUCCCGUUGGGUAUCCGAUGUUCGCACUACGCUAAAUCCUCCCUGCCUUUUCUCCGGUUCCGACCAUGAUUCGGAUUCUGAAUCCGGUCUUGAACCCCCUCCCUCCUUCACCUCCCUCAUCGACCGUCAAUUGGACCAAUUCAGUAUGCUCGAUAACUUAGCUUCGGAUCCGAGUCCGAGUUUCGGCCCUGUGAAUGACUUUCAGUGGUGGGACUUCGAUAGCGAAGAGGAGGAAGAGGAGGGUGAGGAGGAGGUAAACAUUGGAUUGGAACUUAUGUUCAGAUCCGAGCGGCAGCGCGUUGAUUCACGAGAAGAUGGGCUCCGGAUUGUGGGAAUUGAUUCGGAUUCGGAUUCGGAUUCUGAAGAUGGAAUUGUUGAUCUGCAGUCUGGUGGUGAGAGGAACGGUGUAAAUGAUCCGGGUCGGGUCGAUGAAGAUCUCCCUGCGAUUUGGGAUAGUUUCUUCGGGGAAGAAAGUAUCGCCGCCCAUGAUGAAUUGGAAGGGGAAGAAGUACACAACAUAAUGAACGGGGCAGACAAUGCGCUUACGAUAUUUGCCAGAUUGGAAGCAGAAUUAUUGUUCAUCAUC